AUGUCUACCGUCUUUUCUUCCCUCGUCCGACCGCCCAAAAUCAGAAGUCCAUCGACGAAUACUCAGGAAGCAACGAGCUCGCUAGCUUCGAUUAGUAACUAUGGCGUCGAAGAGCCCGAUCUGCGCGAUCUCAACGCCGCACUCCAGGCAUUGACGGACAUUUUCCCCAACAUACAACCCGAAGUCUUUAGAGAGAUGCUGUCGACAUUUAGCGAGGAGAGCAGGCUACAAGUGGUGACGGAGACGCUGUUGAAGCAUGGAAACAAAUAUGUACGGGGAAGGUACAGGAUGCCGGCAGAGCAGGAGGAGCAACGCGACACAGCGCACAAGUACAAGUACCGAAAGGAAGACGCGCCGAGGGACACAAGAGGUGCGCCGCUUGCCUUGGAGGAUAAGUUCCGGUCGCGGCGGUACAAGGAGGCUGCAAAAGAGGCGCUAUACCAGGAAUUCAAAGGCCUCAGCCACUCUACCAUCAAGGCACAGAAGUUGGAGGUCCAGCAUCACAAACUUUCUGAUGCGACGGAAGGCGCCUACAGCGAGCGAUCACCCCCUCAUCAUCUGGACGCCUGCCGACGAGAGGCUGAACCGCCCACCUAUGCCACUUUUGGUCAAGACGAAGAGCGAUGA